GGCUCCAUCUGCUUCCACCCGGUCUCGGCUGGACCAAAUGUGGGUCGAGGCGAGCGUGGGUGACACACCGUGGUGCGGCCGGAGAGCAGCUGAUCCCCCCGGGCUGCGCCGGGAUUAACAAGCUGCCGCCGAGCUGGCGCGGGGAUCGUCUCCUGCGAAAGGUUCCCUUGCAGGGGAUUACGGAUAAUGCAUCUGGAGCCGCACUCGCUCAUCCAGAAUCACUUCAAAACAGGCAGUGCUGGCAGGAUGCUGGUCUCCCUGCUCUUCCCCUUUCGCUGCCUCAUCCGGGACUUGCCCCGUUGCAGAUGGGGGCUGCAUGGGCAGAAGAGGUCUGGCUGUCCCCACAGGGGUCUGCAAACUGCACGGGCAUCCUGCAGCCAUGACGUUACCCCUGUCUUCACUAGGGCUUUGGCUUUUGGUGAUAAAACUGCCAUCAUUGACCAAAACGGUGAGCACACUUACAGGGACCUUCUCAGCCAGAGUCUGCGCUUGUCCCAGGAGAUCUGUAGAGCUCUGGAGUGCUCCAGCAGGGACUUGAAGGAAGAGAGGAUCUCAUUUUUGUGUCCCAAUGAUGCCUCGUAUGUGGUGGCCCAGUGGGCUUCCUGGAUAAGUGGGGGGAUAGCAGUGCCCCUUUACAAGAAGCACCCUGCACGGGAACUGGAGUAUGUGAUUCAGGACUCGCAAAGUGCUCUAGUCAUCGCAGCAGAGGAGUAUGUGGGGAAAAUAGCCCCCAGUGCUGAGAAGCUAGGGGUCCCUGUUCUGCCACUUCUCAAGUCUCGUAGUGGUGGAUCAGCAACUCAUGCACCAUUGGAGGAGGGUCUCUUGACAGCCUGCUCCUCGUGGAAAGACAGAGGAGCCAUGAUCAUCUACACUAGUGGGACAACAGGAAGACCAAAAGGCGUCCUCAGCACCCAUGAGAACGUGCAAGCUGUGACCACAGGGCUGGUUGAGAAAUGGGAGUGGAGGAAGGAGGAUGUUAUUCUGCACGUGCUGCCUUUACAUCAUGUCCACGGGGUGAUCAAUAAGCUCCUCUGUCCUCUCUGGGUGGGAGCGACAUGCAUCAUGUUACCCGAAUUCAGCGCACAGAUGGUUUGGAAGAAGCUUCUAAGCUCCCAAGCUCCCCGAAUCAGUGUCUUCAUGGCAGUGCCCUCUAUCUAUGUCAAGCUGAUAGAGUACUAUGACAACCAUUUCUCUCAGCCACAAGUCCAAGAUUUCGUGCGUGCCUUUUGCCAGGAGAACAUCAGGUUAAUGGUGUCAGGCUCGGCAGCCCUGCCUGUGCCUGUCCUGGAGAAGUGGAAGAGCAUCACUGGGCACACAUUGCUGGAGAGGUAUGGGAUGACUGAGAUUGGGAUGGCGCUUUCUAACCCUUUGCAUGGAGUCCGUGUCCCAGGUUCUGUGGGCACCCCACUGCCAGGGGUAGAAGUGCGCAUUGUCACUGAGACCUUGAAGAGUGGUGCUCGUUCCUAUGCCAUCCAUGCUCAGGGAGAUGAAGAUAGCACACAGGUGACACCAGGUCUGGAGGGACAAGAAGGGGAGCUGCUUGUGAAGGGACCCUCCGUCUUCCGCGAGUACUGGAACAGACCCAAAGAAACAGCAGAUGCCUUCACACCCGAUGGCUGGUUCAAAACAGGAGACACAGCAGCGUACAAGGACGGUGUUUACUGGAUCAAGGGCCGCACCUCAGUCGACAUCAUCAAAAACGGGGGGUUCAAAAUCAGCGCUCUGGAGGUGGAGCGUCAUCUGCUCGCGCACCCGCACAUCACAGACGUGGCUGUGAUCGGACCUCCGGACAUGGUGUGGGGCCAGCGGGUCAGUGCUGUCGUGCAGCUGCGCAAGGGGGAGAUGCUCUCUGUGAAGGACCUGAAGGACUGGGCCAGGGACAUCAUGGCACCGUACGCCAUCCCGACCGAGCUGAUCGUGGUGGAGGAGAUCCCGCGCAACCAGAUGGGAAAAGUCAACAAGAAGGAGCUUCUGCAGCGCUUCUACCCAGCCUAGUGCACGGCCUGGGGCCAGGACUGGGAGCCUGGGGAGGUUUGGUCCUCGGCCACAUCCAUUCUCCCUCCACAGAGGCACUCACAAGGUGCCAGCAGUGAUUAGCAGAUGCGGGUCUGGACUCACUGCAGUCUGGUCCAUGAAUAAAGUCCAAUGAAAGCAGGAUUCAUCCCA